CCUCUAACCUCCGGCGCUGCGAUCAUCGGUUCAUCCGUUUCUUUCCGGUACCCUACGCGACCAGACGUCGCUGUCCUAGAGGAUGUGAAUUUUCGGAUCCAAGCCAAUACGAAAGUCGCUUUCGUAGGCGAGUCCGGUAGUGGGAAAUCUACUAUUAUGGAAGGAAAAAGUGCACUCACACUCAAGAAAGUAGCUCCUUUCCUACUUGAAUCUUAGUCAAUUUGUUGAGUGUGAGUGCACUUUUAUUCCUUUCAUAACUAUCAUUCAACUACUAGAGCGCUUCUACGACGUCACCAAUGGCGCGAUCGAGAUAGAUGGGGUGAACGUCAAGGAGUUUGGGCAUACGGAACUGAGCGACCUGAUAGGCUACGUGCAGCAAGAACCAGUGCUUUUUCAAUGCACUUUGAGGGAGAAUUUGUUGUAUGGGAUUGCGGAGGAGAGGAAGGUACUUGUUGAUAAACUUGUAAAAUUAAAAUUAUAGGUUGCGGAGGAGAGUAUGAGUCAGGAUGAGGCACUUUCGUAAAGAAAUAGAUCAUGGUUGUAAAAUAGAUACAUAGAACAUACGUUCCAUUUCAAAUAUCAUGUCAUACCUUCCAUGUUUUUCAAGAAUCAAAGGUAUCCGAUGCUGACUUGAUAACGGCUUGUAAGCAAGCACAAAUAUGGGAACUGAUAGAGUCUCUGCCAGACAAACUCGACACACUACCUGGCCAAGGUGGUUCUCAACUCUCAGGCGGGCAGAAACAGCGGAUAGCAAUUGCGCGAGCGCUAGUCCGGAAACCACGCAUAUUGCUGCUGGAUGAAGCCACGUCAGCUUUGGACUUAAGGAACUUACUUGAACUUCAUAACUUCCAAUCAAUUUAGCAAUAGCAAAUGAUCGAUCUCGAGUCAUGACAUCAACUGGUCCGAGUACAAGAAAAAGGACAUCUAGAAGGAGAUCUUUUGUUCAACAUGAACAUUCAUUCAUAAAAACUUCAAAUCAUUUUAGCAAUAGCAAAUGAUCGAUCAGUAUCUCUGUAGGGAAGGUGAUUCGAUUUUGAGUUCACUUCCAAAUAAUACUAAGACUUCAUCAUAAGAGGCCGGGUCGCUUCUGUUCUAACAAAAUACGCCAGCGAACGCGAAGUGCAGGACACAGUAGAUGCCCUUGUCGGAGGAGGGUCCACGAAUGUCGGUGGUCUCACAGUGGUCAUCGUGGCUCACCGCUUAUCUACGAUCCGAAACUGCGACAAAAUUUUCUUCCUAAACCGAGGUCGUAUCCUCGAGGAAGGCAGUCAUGAGGAGCUUGUGGCCUUGAAGGGCGGAUACUUCAAGCUGACUGAGACGCAGGCGAUGUUUGACAUGCUACAGGCAGAGCAGGGGAGAAAUAAUGUGCUGGAGUUAGAGGGGGUAGCAUUAGGAGAUGGAGUGGGUGGGCGUGACGGAAUGGGUGAAGAAGCUGCAUCAAGAGGAGUACAACAACAACAACAAGAACAACAAGAUGCUUCUAAGGUCAACAACAAAGGUGGAGCUUCUUCUGGAGAUGGUACUGCAGUCACAACUACUACUAGGAAUAAAAGCAAAGAAUCUGCGACGUCUGGAGGAUCGGGUGAGGAAGAUGAAAAGAUGAAAAAAGCAGCGGAAACUACUGAGAUUCCCGCAGUUGUGUUAAAAAGCGAAGAGGAAAGAGAACAAGACCGCAUAGCCGAAAUCGGCAAGACCUAUACUGUGCCAAUGGUUCGUCUUCUCAAACUAAACACCAAACGGGAACUGAUGUUUUAUCCACUAGGAUUCAUGUUUUCGCUCAUUCGCGGGUCGAUGCAGCCGACUAUGAUGUGGAUCAUGAUGGACGCAGUGGAGCAUUUGUACUUGCAGUUAUGUUGAUGAAUGUUGAUGUGAUUUCUCCAAAACAGUAACAACGACUUCAAGUAAAUCAAAAUCUUCCUCAUCUAACCGCUGACACCGCCGAGAUGGAGAAGAAGGUGAACGAAUUCGCCCUCCAGUGCGUCGGAUUAGCAAUUGUUUUGCAGCUGGUUUUCACCGUGAGCAAUGGCUGCUACGGCUACGCUGGGUCGUGGAUGACCUAUUACGGCUAGACAAUCAACACUCUCACUUUCCGGUGUGAUGUAUCCUAGUAGCGUUUCCACUGAUUAUUUAUCUCCAAAUCCAAAUCAUAGUGAGUGUCUAUCUCUAAAACUAUCGUGCUCGUGUCUUAGUCUUCAAGACGUUUUUGGAGCAAGAUAUGACCUUCUUCGACGAACCUGAAAACAGCGCCGGACGUCUUACUGCGUUAUUGGAGAAGCAGACGGGCGAAUUGGGAUAUUUGUCUUAUGGUAGAUGA